AUGAAGUUCAGCACUGCUAUCAUCCUUGCGGCAUCCGUCUCUGUGGCUGCUGCCUGGAAUGUCACAGAAUACACCGACUCCGAGUGCUCAGAGAAUGGCGAAAGUCUAGUUGAAACCGGAGAUAUUGGCUGCGUGAUGGUUUCUGGAGAAAAUGUCAACUCAAUCAAAGUUAGCGAUCUGCCUGACGACAUGGUGUUUAUCGGAUCCAGUGGUGGAGGAUGCGAUUAUUUUCACCAGUCCGGUGGCAACGGUUGCUACACCCAGGGCCAAGGAUUCCUGUCCUGGACUGUGUUCAACUCAUCGCCCGCGCCUGGUACAACACCUGCCCCACUGCAGGAGAGUGCCGAUGAUUCGGCUUUCAACAAGAUCUUCAACUAUGCAAGUUUCAUGUGGGACGACCUCUCACCAAACUUGUCCCCGAAUUGGGAUACCGUGGACAUGAAUACCUCGGAAGAUCUGGUGUCUUGGCCCGAGAUGUCGCUUCCAAUCCCAGCUCCAUUGGGACUACCCCUAUCGAGCUCUGUGACAAGCUCCGGAGCGCUCGUUGAACGCCGUUCAAAGAACAACCUUGGAUCCCCAACACCAUCGACACGCUUCUCAAUCGGAUGGAGCGAAUCUCAGCUAGCGGAAUAUUUUGCUCACUCGGCCGCGCCGCCAAUCCUAGCUACCGUGGAAACGAGUGCACGUUGGCUUUGGAUGCGGAAGGAGCUGACAUCGAUGGCCUCGACCUCAGAGAUGGUCAAGUUUGGAGUCAUUGCAUUUGUGGCGCUGGAGUUGGAGUCUGCAUGUGCACUUGAGCCGGCCACCUACUCGCGAUAUUACCGCACGGCAAAAGAGAGACUGACCGAGAAUCUGGAUGAAAUCAGUAAAGACAAAAGCAUUCUUGUCUCACAAUUACGACCUAUCCUAGCCGUGUUAUUUCUGCUAUCAUAUAUCGACUUGCUGACAAAAGACGUCUCUAAUGUCCACGCUAAUCUACGACAUGGCUUCAAUGCUUUGCAGAUGGUGGAUAUUGAAUCCCUGGGAGUGACAGGUAAUACCCCCAAAUUGUAUGAAACUUCUUUUGCUAACCCGUUCUUUAUAGAAAAACGUCUUGUAUCGUGGCUCCGACUACUAGACGCCCGGGCCGCGGGUGUCGGAGGAGAGGGACUUUUCCUUAACGAAGAUGACAGCGCAAUAAGCACGGAUCUCCGGUCCCCCGACAGCUCAAUGGAGGAAAUUGAUUCCUCACUUGAUGAUGACGCAGAAGCCGCCCUGGAGGAUUUCAUCAUGCGACCAGCUUUCUUUUUCUUCCAAAAGGUCCAGCUUUUUAUGGGCCGGAUCUCGAAGAUCGACCGCUGGCAUCGGCGCCGGGGCACAGUUGAAGACGAAACAGAAGUAAUGUUAAUUGCGGCCAGGAUCAGCCGCGAUAUCAAAGCCCUGUGGCAACAACGCCCGCCCAUGAUGGAUCAUGCUGUCGCCGGCCGGCUGGGACCGCUUCUUUCUCCACGACUGGCAGAGACCACUACGCGGAUGAUGAGGCUAGCACAUGCAAAUUUCUUUACUAGCUUUAUUCAUCUGCAUCGGGUUGCCUACAAAAGUGAGUCUGACCCCACUAUAAUACCUGAUGACGAGGCUAACCUCUACGCGCUAGCUUUACCACGCACAACAGAUGUUCUCAACGCUAUGAGUGAAAUUCGCAAAGUAACACGGCUUAUUCUUGAAAGCCCCUGCACACCAUCUCCCCAUGAGAUUCCAACCAUAAGUACACCAAGCAAUUCCACAGGAUCUGCGUCGUCGUUGCCCGUGAACAUGUUAUGGCCGUUGAUGAUGCUGGGCGUUGAGACCGAAGAUCUUGACGAGCGCGUGUGGGUGAUAUCAUGUAUUAAAGAGAUGGGGAAUGUUGCUUCAAAUGCUGGUAUUACGGCUGAUGUUCUUCAAGAAGUUAUUCGUCGCCAAGAUGAGAACCAGCAACGUAUGGACAUCAGAGAAGUGAUGCACGAGACAUUCAAUCGGGCGUUUGCCAUUGUGUGA